AUCAUUCUGCCUUUUGAUUUCGAUUCCAAUUUCACAACUAGGUUUUGGUAUUGUAGAUGUCGAGUUGCAAUUUCUAAUCAAUUGGAAUUGCGGAACUUGAUUUUGGUGGAUUCAUACAUUUAAUUUUUUUUGUUUGUUUGAGUCCUAUUCUUGAUGUGCGGAAAAGGAAGGCGGUUCGAUUGAGCAAAGAUGUCGACUCCAAACGUCGCCAAAUUAACAAUGGGCUGUCGUUCAUAGAGCUAAGAACUCAAAAUAUUCAGCUGAUGAGGAUAUGGAGGAGACAGAUGUUAAAGAUCCAAAUUUAAAGCAAUCUCUGGAGUCUGCUACUUCUCAGAUUAGCCAGCUAGCUCUUUCUAAUAGUCCUACUGGUGUUGCCAAUCUUGCAGCUGUUUUUCUGUUCCCGCUUUUCAUAAAUUAUUUUCAGAUGGGUGUCACUGGAGCAGCCACUGCCACUGUUGUGUCUCAAUACAUAGGUAGCUUCUUGAUGAUUUGGUUUCUUAGCAAGAGAGUAAUAUUAUUACCUCCAAAAUUUGGAGAUCUGAAGUUUGGGGUCUAUUUAAAAUCUGGUGGAUUUCUGAUUGGAAGAACUGUGGCUGUUUUGAUAACUAUGACGAUUGGGACCUCGAUGGCUGCUCGUCAAGGUCCUCUAGCUAUGGCUGCUCAUCAAAUCUGUAUGCAAGUGUGGUUGGCUGUCUCUCUUUUAACUGAUAGAUUGGCCGCAUCUGGUCAGGUAUGA